GAUGGGGGCGUCGAAUUGCGGAAGCGUCUACGACAAGGGCCUCGCCGGAAUUCCAAAUUCGUCUCUUUGAGAGGCUCAAGAAAGGGAAAAACGGGUAUCAAGAUUGGAGGAUGCAUACCGAACGUGAAUGGUAAAGAACCGAGCUUUGGCGAAUUUGCAGAGAUACAGUACUUAGCUAGAAACGAGCCCAUGGUGCUUACAAAUCUUAGACUGGGUUACCCACGAUCUAAAAUCCAAAGUUUAGGUACUUAAUCCUUCAAAUUCCUAGUCUUUCUUGUCUUAAGGCUAGAAUGAUCUCAGAGUCAGUUGCUUCAGCAUCUUUUAGGAUUUGGGUUUGGAUGAUUUGCUUGUGUUCUGGGGUAUUUGUUCAUUAGUGCUGGAUUGAUGGUCAAUAUUUCACGUCCUUUGUGUGUUUGCUAAUAGAUUGCAGAGUGUGGGAUAAGAGAAUUUAGUGAUCAGAAGAGUAUAAAAAUGUCUGUUUCAGAAUUUGUUAACCACUGCCUUGAGGAUGAUUCCGUGGAGGAUCAUGAGGCUAAUGGGAUGGCAUUUUGUAAAGUUAGUUUCUUGUUCAGUUUUAUAUAGUCAUUCCACUCCCAGAUUAGCCAUUUACAAGCAGUGUCAGUUUGAGUUGGAGUCCUUACUUUCCCACAGUUUAGCUCUUGUGCGUUUUUGGCUGCUAGUUCAGAACUUAAUAUGAUAGUUCUCUAUGAUUUUCUAUUCUUGAUAUUUAUCUCCUUCCAUUGCUGCACAAUGUAGCAAUUGUUAUUCAUAUCCUCUUUUAUCUGAUUGUCAGGAGUACCCAUUAUAUGUAAUGGACAAAUGUAGCGUACAGAAGAACACUGCUGGUUGUUGUGUAUUUUGUGUGUGUGUGUGUGUGUGAUGAUUGGCUCAAUCUGUAUGUGCACAAUUAUCGCCUGCAUAUGGAUCCUGAUACUUACAAAGAAAAUAAUGAAAUAUGUUGCUCUGAUUCUGGUUUUGUUGAUACAGGAGCAAAAGGUUUUAUUGUUUGAGCAUAGAUGUGACAAGCUUAUUUUUCUUGUUGGAUGUACAUAUGUAUCUCAUCAUAGGAUCUAUCUAGGGGCUGUUUUAUUGGAUUUAAUGUUAGCCUAGAGGCUACUGCCUAACUUCAAAUCCUGUUGUGUAGGAUCUUGGACUUCUCUUCAUGUUGAUGUUUUCAGGUCAUAUAAUAAGUCUCAGCCAAUGUCUGUGGGAGGAAAAAGUGGCUUUUUUCUCCUUCAGCUCAAUGUCAUCUAGUUUUUGACAGGAAUGCAGACCCCUUGAAGUAUUUUUUACCUUUUUUAAUUUAGUUUAAUCUUUUGUUUCUUGACUGUUGUCACGUUCUAUU